AUGCGCUUCUUUUUUGCCCACUGGCUGGGGCUGCUCCUGGCCAUUUGUAUUGCACCACGCAUCGCAUUUGGUCAGGGCACCAAGUACGGACUGUGGACGCCGGAUCGCGCACACUCCGAUACACAGCCCAUACAAUGGACGGGCGGGCAGUUCGAGUUUCCCUGUGCCAGCACCAAGUCUUUAUUCAAGAGCUCCGGCAAGUACAUAGCCAAGAAUGUGAUUGCCACGCGUGCCCAGCUGAUUGGGGACACCAUCUACUUGGCGCUGCCGCGUUAUCGCAAGGGUGUGCCGGCGACGUUGGUGAAGACCAAUGUGCUGCCGGGCACCUGCUCCACGACCUUCAAGCCAUAUCCCUGCUGGGAUCUGCAGGAGGAGGGCAACUGCAAGGCGCUGCAGUCCGUGGUCGAUCUGGUGGUGGAUCAAAAUGAGGUGCUCUGGGUUCUGGACACGGGCAUUGUCAACACCUUGGAGACGCCGGUUCGCAAAUGUGCGCCCAAAGUGGUGGCCAUGUCCGUAAAGACCGGCAAAGUUCUGAAAACAGUCUCGCUGGAGGGCCUCACCUCAAGCACCUCCCGACUGCAGUAUCUGGUGGUGGAUUACGCGCCCGAUGGCGGCUGCUUCAUCUAUGUCAGUGAUGCGGCCAAUCGUGCAAUAAUCGUUUACAAUCUGCAAGCGGAUCGAGGCUUUCGUGUGGUGCUGCCCAAGGCCGUAUCCGCGGGGUGUCGUUCUCGGGAUGUGCUCUAUAUAGCGCUUAUACGCCGCGACUGCGGCUCCACAGAGCUGUAUUUCACCUAUUUGAGCACCAGCAAACUCUUCUCCCUGAAAUCCGAAUACCUGCGCAGCGGUGUGGCCGAUGGACGCAUUUUGGAUCUGGGCAAAAAACCGAGUCGCAUGGUCAUCAUUGGCACGGACAAUGGCUCGGCCAUAUUCUUCCGCAAUGAGGGCGACGCGGAGGUCUAUCGCUGGGACACCAACUCCACGUUCGCGGAGGCCAACUUCAAGCCCGUCUAUCGCAGCCAGACAUGCCAGCUGGUUACCCAUGCGGUGCCCGAUUACAAACGGAAUACGAUGCGAGUGCUGCAGAGCAAUUUUCCGGAUUAUAUGCAAAAUCGUAUCGGAUGCGGGGCCAUACAGCAGCUCAACCAUAUGCAGGGCUGUUGGUAG